UUUGUACAGAAUAAUAUGAAUGAAAAGUUAACAGUUCGUAAGUUUCGUGAAUACUUACAGAUCAAAACAGUGCAUCCGAAUCCGGAUUAUGCAUCCGCAGUUUCGUUUUUGGAUGAUUACGCGGAAGAACUUGGCAUUGACGCAAAGCAUGUAAAGAUUGACAAGGACCGAGAGGUUGUGGUUAUGACAAUACCAGGUCGAAAUAAAAAAUUGCCGUCGAUUUUACUUAAUUCUCAUGUAGAUGUUGUUCCGGUGUUUGAAGACGACUGGAAAUUUGAUCCAUGGGGAGCUCAUAAGGACGACAAAGGAAAUAUAUAUGGUAGAGGCGCUCAGGACAUGAAAUGUGUCGGCAUACAGUACCUGGAAGCAUUGAGAAUAUUGACGAAAACAAAAAAACAAACAUUUGAACGUACGAUUCAUCUCACAUUUGUUCCUGAUGAGGAAAUCAAUAAUGGCGACAUGGGAAUGAAGCUUUUUCUAGACACACCUGAAUUCAGUGUCAUGAACGUAGGUCUGGCUUUGGACGAAGGGAUUGCUAAUUCGGAUAAUAAUUAUUCUGUUUUCUAUGGUGAAAGAUUGAUGUGGGUGGUACACAUCAAGUGCAAGGGAAACCCAGGUCAUGGAUCGCGAUUUAUACAAGGCACUGCUGCUGAAAAAUUGCAAAAUGUCAUCGAUAAUUUUCUGGCAUUUAGAACUUCAGAGGAAAAUCGACUAAGCAACAAUCCUGGUCUAACAUUAGGAGAUGUUACUACAGUUAACUUGACUAUGAUUAAAGGAGGAGUCCAUCAGAAUGUAGUGCCUGGAGAAAUUGUAGCCACUUUCGAUAUCAGGCUUCCGCCAACGAUUGAUCUGAAAGCGUUGGAAGAAAAAAUUGCCUCGUGGUGCAACGAAGCAGGAAACGACGUAACGUCUGAGUUUGAAUGUAAAGAUACCUGUCAAACAAUCACAACUGCAGAUCAAACAAACCCAUGGUGGCGAGCUUUUACAUUCGCCUUUCAUGAAAGAAACCUUCAGUAUACAAAAGAAAUAUUCUGUGGCUGUACUGAUGGGCGAUUUCUUCGUGAACGAGGUUAUCAAGUUAUUGGAUUCAGUCCAAUGCGAAAUACACCUAUUCUUCUUCAUGAUAACAAUGAGUUUUUGAACGAGAGUGUGUUUUUGGAAGGAAUCGAGCUUUACUGCGACAUAAUUUCGGCCAUUGCGAACUUGAAGUGUUAACUUACACAUAUAUACCAAAUAUAUAUAUACAGUGGGGUUUGCGCGAACCCGUUCUUGGAAUGUCGUGAUACUCAGUAAAUCCGUUUUUGAGUGUUUUUAUUAUUUUUUUGAAACAAGGGAAUCUGUUGUUAGCAAUUUCUCGAUGCAAAAGAGACUGUUGUUAAACUUCACAAACCCCAGCAUGUAUAUAUCAUAUUUUAAGCGUGUUUAUUAAACAUCCUUAGAGGUUUUUGUCAUCCUAUUAUUGUUUUUCCUAUGUAUUUGUUCUUUGCGUUGUGUUUUUGUUAAAAACCUAAUAUACAUAAAUAUAUCCCCAGCGACCACGUAAGCAAUACUGCUAUCAUAUAUAGUUGAAACUGGCUAACGUCUAUCACGGACACAAUUUCAUCAGAGAAAAAGUUGAAUGAACCACGAAUGCAUAUGACGAAACGCGGAAUUUCACAGGUUAUUAGGAUAUGAGAAUAUCAAAAUAACAAUCAUAAAUUACCGUACGAUCUAUAUCACUCACAUUCAUUGUUCAUUAUAUUUAAAUUUAAGUUGAUAUUUUGUUAGAAAUGUUGAAUGUUUUUGUAUUCCCCCUGUACAUUUUUACGCGCAAACUGUUUCUAGCUAGCCCAUGUUCGUAAUUUUACAUUCACAUGUACAUAAUACAUUUCAAUUUCGUCUAGUUAUAUCAAUAUAGGCUGCUCAAGUUUAUGCUUACAAAGAUAUAGUUACAGUAUUUAUGUAUCAUUAUUAUUUUGACCUGUGUUAAACAAAAGAAAUCGUAUUGCCGAAUUGCUUCAUUUAAUUGAUUUUGGGCUCCUAUAUUUGAAUGAGUAAGAUAUUUAUCAGUCAUCAAUUCUGAAUGGCCGAAAAUGAAGCAUUGUACCACGAAGUUAGAUAUAACAAUUCAAAAAGUCGAACAUGCACUCAAACAGAAAUAAAACUUAAGUACAAA